UUGAUAACUAUGAAAACGUUGAUAAAUUGGCUGCUCUUUUUUCAUUCUAUAAAACGUUAAAUUCAAUUAAUGAAGAUGAUAAUAUGUCUCAAGAAACCGAUAUUCUUCAAGCUAAUAAUAGCAUUUGGAGCCCUUCGCCACCAACAUCGUCAUCGUCCAAUAAUGAAAAAAGGGAAGCGCAACAGAUUUAA